UCAGAUCUUGUCAUGAAAUUUAAAUAACAUCCCAUUCCACCCAUUUUCAUCCAAAUCACCGGCCAAAAUUUUCUGUGAAUAUGCUACGCAACGCUAAUGGAUAAGGACUAUGCCCAAAAGAGAAAUCAUCCAAAUCCACAUCGGUCAAGCAGGUGUUCAAAUAGCCAGUGCUUGUUGGGAGUUGUUUUGUCUGGAACACGGGAUAACAGUGGACGGUCAUAUACAUCCAUCAUCACAAUGUUAUAGGGACGACAGUUACCAAUCCUAUUUUUCAAUUACCAACUCUGGCAAAGCGGUACCAAGAACACUAAUCGUAGACUUAGAACCAACAGCUGUUGAUGAGAUAAGGACGAAUUAUUACAGACAUUUAUUCCGACCUGGGACUUUAAUAACUGGCAAAGAAGAUGCCGCCAAUAAUUUUGCCAUCGGUAACAACACCCGAGGUCUGGAGAUGUUGCCUGUAGUUUUAGAUAGUCUAAGACAGUUAUCUGAGGAAGCUAAUAAUCCGGAGGGUUUUAUAAUAUUUAAGGCGUUUGGAGGAGGCACAGGCUCGGGGUUCACGUCACUGUUAUUGAGGGGUAUUUCUGAAGACUACAGAAAAAUCAGCGUCUUGGAGUUUGGAAUAUAUCCAUCCCCCAGAGUGUCACCGAUCAUUGUUGAGCCAUACAAUGCUGGACUGGCUACUCAUUCCAGCAUGGAGUAUGAGGAUUGCUGUUGUAUUUUUGAUAACGAGGCCCUUUAUAGUAUUUUAGAGAGGAAACUGGAAGUACGUAAUCCAACCUACACAAAUCCCAACAGGCUUAUUGCUCAGGUUGUGUCUGCAACUACAGCAGGCUUGAGGUUCAACGGGUCAGUGAACGUUAGCUUGCAAGAAAUUCAAACAAACCUCAUUCCAUACCCCAGAAUCCAUUAUCCUUUAGUAACUUACUCUCCUAUGUUAGCUCCACACAGAAGCGGGCAUGAACAAGCCACGGUGUCCCAAAUAACUAACUCCUGCUUCGAACCAUCCAAUUUUAUGGUCCACUGCGACCCAAGGCAAGGAAGCUACAUCAGUUGCUGUUGUUCCUAUCGUGGCAACGUAACAGGCAGUGAGGUGAACAAUGCCAUGGCCAACAUCAAGGCGAAACGAUCCAUCAACUUCGUGGACUACGUGCCGGGUGGCUUCAAGGUUGGAAUUUGUUACAUGCCUCCGGUGACAGUUCCUGGAGGUGAUCUUGCGGCCUCCGACCGAGCCUGUGUGAUGAUGGCAAAUCACACGGCCAUUAGACAGGCGUGGGAGAGGUUGGCGCACAAGUAUAAGAAGCUGUACGAGAAAAGGGCGUUCUUCCACCACUACAUUGGAGAAGGUAUGGAGGAGGGGGAGUUUGCCGACUGCUUGGAGAACUUGAAGAGUCUCGUUUCGGAUUAUAAGGAAGUGGAUUCUAAGUAACUGGACAUGAUACAACAAU